UCCACUUAGGCAGCUGGAACUAAACUGAACUGGUGGGCUUAAGGCCCCUGUAUUUAUACUACUAUUUAUAUUACUGGAAAGUUCUAGAAGUUACUCCAAGUUUACUCAGCACUGAAUCUAUCUGGAAUGUUCUGGAAAAUAGGUAAAUUUCAAAAUAUCACUGUCCUGGUCACAAAAGCAAAGUUUGUGGGGAAUAAUAGCCGUUUUCUAUACUUUUGAGGCAUAAGCAAUUAGGAAAUAACACUUACUACCCAGGAACCAAAAAAAUAAUAAUAAUUUGUUACACGGUGUAAUCGAUACAAAAAUUAUCAAUAAAAACACAUAUACAUACAACACAUAUAUAUUAAAAGAUACAGAUAUUUAUAUUUAAAUUACAUUACAACUAAAACAAGUUAAUACUCCAAGUUUCAGUAAUAGCAAUACAACUUGGGGGACAGGAUUUAAACCAUACAUGGAAGUAAUCAACUUUGUUCACUAUACUCCUAGCAUUAAAAAGGAAUCCAGACUUUGAACUAACUAGGGAGAUACUGCUGUGUGCUUCUUGUCCAGACUUCAUGGUCAGUAAAAUUGCCCCCAAAAUAUCUGCAUUUGAUGAUUACACCAUGUUACAUGAAAACAGUAUUCAUGCUAUAUAAUGAGUUGUGGCAAUUGUGUGUUAGUAAAUAUUAAAUCCAUGUUUCAGAGGGGAUGUAGAUUAGUCUUUUUCGAAGAAGCUCCCAUGAUUGAAAGACAUUGAUUAGUUAGGUCAUUAAUGAUGAUCUAAGCAGAAACAACAACAGAGAACAAGCAUCAUAAGAUAUUAAAUAGGUUAGAAAUGAAAUAUUCAGAACAUGGAGGGUUUAAAAUAUGCCCUUAAGUCUGACAUGGUUCAUCUUACAAUUCUUCAAAUAUUUAAUCUUUUGAUAAAUCUGCUUUGACUAUGAGUCCAGGGGCUCUAGUUGCUUGUCAUAGACAUAUGCAAUGUAGGCUGGAUCAGCUGAAGUGUCUCUUUAUUAGUGAGUGCCAGCACUAUCUAUUGCCAUCAAAAAAGGAAACUUGAUUCAAAAUCGCUGAUCAGUAGGUGGCACUUAUUUGAAGACACUUCUAUUAUAUAGCAAUCCUAUUUUACAUAUAUCUAAGACAAGCAGCUCCUGAACUCAGAUGAAAGGACCUUGACAGGUGUGUACUGUACAUACAAAGAACAAACUGAAUUUGAGUAACUGCGUGAAGAACCGCUCAAUGAGUGUAAGCAUCAUACAAGGUAAGGGGCGGUGAAGAAAAACAAAUUAUUUACCUUAUAGCUUUUUAGUUAACAUGUAUCUUUGCUCAUUUUAGAUGCUUAAUCACUGCUCCAAACAUUGUUCAUGUUGGAGUGGACGAGACUGUGUCAGUUCAGGUGCAUGGAGCCACGAAUGUUGAGCUUUUCUUUGAGGAUCAGAUAAACAAACAAAAGGUUUGCAAAGUUCAAGCAAAGUUCAUCUGUCACUCAGUGAGAGAAACAACUAUCAGGAAAUUGUGAAGUUGAAGGCUACAGUAUCUUAUCCAGAUGGCACUGCUGCCUCCAACCUGCUUAUGAAAGCCAUUGUCCAGGUGUCAGAUGACCAGCAGGAGAACAUCAUCCUGGAACAGUUUGGUAACAAUGAGGGCGAAGUUGCAUUGACAGUUAAUGCCCCUCGGACAGCAACCACUCUUAAUAUAAAGGUUAUAGCAGAAGGAAAAGAAAGUAAUGAUGAAUCCCUGACAGUCACAGCCUUCCAGUCUUCCAGCAAGAGUUACCUCAGUAUUGUGGUGCCCCACACUAUCCUGGGUCAAAAUGAUAUUUUAAACAUUAUCUUUAAAGAGGCCAUACCUUCUGGCAUUCCGAGAGCAACACACAUUUACUAUAUGAUCAUAAGCAAAGGAAAGACUAUACGAGCAGAUAGAGUACAACUGACGGCAGACACUACAAUCAGCCUUCCCUUUAACCACGACCUGGUCCCUGCCUUUCGCUUGAUCGCCUACUAUUACAUAAGUGUGCAGGGAAGGACUGAAAUCAUUGCAGACUCUGUCUGGGUUGAUGUUGAGGAUGUCUGCAAGGGCAAGAUACGAGUAACAGCCUCUAAAGAGGAAUAUAAACCAGCAGAAAAGGUGGAGUUUUUAAUUGAAGCAGAUCAGGCUGACAAAGUUGCUGUGGCUGUGGUCGACACUGCAGUUUAUAUUCUCAACAAACAGAAUAAACUGACUUCCAAAAAGAUAUUUGACUAUAUGAAUUCCUAUGACCUUGGCUGUUCAGUUGGAGGAGGUACUACCACUGAGACUGUUUUCCGUGAUGCUGGACUGACAUUUAUAUCCAAUGAAAUAACAUCAGACCCACGUACUGAAUACAACUGCAAAAAAGGAAAAGGAAGACAGAAAAGAUUGUUUAAUUUUCAAGGCGACUUCUCCAAGUUUGUAAACCAAUAUACAAGUAAACCGUUGAAGAAAUGCUGCUAUGAUGGGGCAAAGCUCAGUCCGAUGAACCUGCCAUGUGCAAAAAGACUCAGGAAGGUCAAGCACACAUCAAGUGAAUGUACAGCUGCCUUUUUAAAAUGCUGCGAACAGGCCAGCGACCUGAGGAAAAAACUAAAGCAAAAGAGGCUCACAUCAAAUUUAGCAAGAGUGGCUGACAAUAAGGAAGAGGAUGUUUUUGAUGAAACAUCCAUUCAUCUGCGAAGUUACUUCCCACAGAGUUGGUUAUGGGACAUAUUCGAUGUGCCACAAACCGGAAAGCUGAAAGUGGAUAAAGCAAUUCCAGAUUCACUAACCACUUGGGAAAUUCAGACCAUAGGCAUAUCUAAUAACAAAGGUUAAGAAUCUAUCUAUCUA